AUGGAUAAUUUGUCUCCAAAGCUCAGAGCUUUCCUCUCUGAACCCAUCGGAGAAAAAGAUGUUAGCUGGGUGGAUGGGGUCAGCCAUGAACUUGCAGUCAAUUUGGUCACCAAAGGUUUUAACAAGGCCUACAUUCUGCUGGGACAGUUCCUUCUGAUGCACAAGAGUGAGGCUGAGUUUCAGAGGUGGCUCAUUUGUUGUUGCGGUGCCACCGAGUGUGAAGCCCAGGAGAGUUCUAACUGUCUGAAGGAGUGGUGUGCCUGCUUCUUGUAG